GAACGGCGUGCGGCGGGGUCUGAGUGGGGGUGGAGGUAGCUUCCUCGGAUCUGGAGUUGCCGCUGUCGCUGCCGCCGCCUCCGCCGCUUCUCGCUGUGCACCUGAGAGCCGGCUCCGCCGCAGCCUCCGCCAGCGCUAUGAACCGCUUCAAGGUGUCCAAAUUCCGUCACACAGAGGCCCGGCCGCCUCGGAGGGAGGCCUGGAUCAAUGACAUUCGAGCAGGAACAGCUUUGUCUUAUGGGAACCACAUCAAGUCAAGCUGUAGCUUGAUUGUGUUUAACGCUGAUCCAUCAGGCUCCCUGGGCAUCGUGCCCCUGGAAAGCCAGGGCAAGAACAAGAAGAAUGUGGCGUACCUGGGUUGUCAUUCAGAUCUGGUGACGGAUUUUGAUUUCUCGCCAUUUGAUGACCACCUCCUUGCCACAGGAUCAGCAGACAGAACGGUGAAGCUAUGGCGACUGCCGGCUGCCCCAGCUCAUCAGGACCUGCCUUCUGCCCCUGGGGUGGUGUUGGGUCCUGAGGACUUCCAGGUGGACGUCCUGAAGUUCCACCCCACAUCAGACACUGUGCUGGUGAGCGCCUCCAGCAAGGCUGUGAAAGUCUGGGAUUUAGCCUUGCAACACACCUUGACUGAGCUGGACACCCACAGUGACCAGGUUCAGAGCGUGGCCUGGAGCUCUGAUGGUGUUCUCCUGGGUACAUCUUGCAAGGACAAGCAGCUACGGAUCUUUGAUCCCAGAACGAAGCCCACAGCCUCUCAGAGCACCCAGGGCCAUGAGAACCACAAGGACAGUCGACUGAUCUGGACCAACUCCCGGGAGCAUCUGCUGUCUACUGGAUUAAACCAGAUGCGAGAGCAUGAAGUCAAGCUUUGGGACACUCGCUGCUUCUCCAGCGCCCUCACCUCCUUCACCCUGCACACCUCCCCUGGAUCUCUGAUCCCACUCCUGGAUGCUGACUCUGGGCUACUAAUCCUAGGUGGAAAGGGCGAGAAUCUGAUAUACUGCUAUGAAGUGUCCCUGCAACAGGCCACAAUGACCCAAGUGAACCAGUGUGUCCUAGAGACCAAGUGCAGAGGAAUGGGCCUGGUACCUCGUCGGGCACUGGCUGUGCUGGCCUGUGAGGUGCUUCGGCUGCUGCAGCUCAGUGAGAACGCCAUCAUACCCGUCAGCUAUGUCGUUCCCCGAAAGUCUGUAGAAUUCCACGAAGACUUGUUUUCUGAUGCUGUGGGCAGUGUGCCUGCCACUAGUGCCCAGGGCUGGUGGGCUGGAGACAACCAGCAGGUCCAGAGGGUUAGUCUGAAUCCUGCCCGUCGGCCUCAUGCUAACUUCACUUCCUGCCUGGUGCCCACGGAACUCUCUUCUCCUACCACCACUCAGCUUCAGGAGGUGCCAAUGGGUGACACAGACCCAAGUGAGGGCAGCUUCUCCUCCCCACCCAGCUCUCUCACCUCACCCUCCACCCCUUCUAGCCUGGGCCGCUCGCUUUCUAGCACCAGUGGCAUUGGCACCAGCCCCUCCCAGAGGUCACUGCAGAGCCUUCUGGGCCCCAGCUCCAAGUUCCGCCAUGCCCAGGGUACUGUGCUCCACCGUGAUACCCACAUCACCAACCUCAAGGGACUCAACCUUACCACACCUGGGGAGAGUGAUGGGUUCUGUGCCAAUCGGCUCCAUGUGGCUGUACCUCUGCUGAGCACAGGCGGGCAGGUGGCUGUUCUGGAGCUGCGGAAACCUGGCCGUCUGCCUGAUACUGCACUGCCCACGCUACAGAACGGGGUGUCUGUCACUGACCUCACCUGGGAUCCAUUUGACCUGUACCGCCUUGCUGUGGCUGGGGAAGAUGCUCGGAUACGGCUGUGGCGGGUUCCCCCUGAAGGACUGCAGGAAGUUCUGACAACACCUGAGGCCGUACUAACAGGACAUACAGAGAAGAUCUACUCCCUUCGAUUCCACCCGUUGGCAUCCGAUGUGUUGGCCUCAUCUUCCUAUGACUUGAGUGUGCGGAUCUGGGACCUGAAGGCAGGGAUGGAGAAGAUAAGACUUCAGGGUCAUAGGGACCAGAUCUUCAGCAUGGCCUGGAGCCCCGAUGGACAGCUCUUGGCAACAGUGUGCAAAGAUGGAAGGGUUCGGAUCUUUGAUCCCCGGCGUAGCCCAGAACCUAUCCAGGAGGGUCCUGGCCCUGAGGGAAGUCGAGGAGCCCGUGUGGUCUGGGUGUGUGAUGGUCGGUGUCUGCUGGUGUCUGGUUUUGACAGCCGGAGUGAGCGCCAGCUCCUCCUGUAUGGGGCAGGAUCAUUGGCUGGGGGCCCUUUGGCUGUGCUGGGCCUUGAUGUGGCACCUUCCACCCUAUUGCCCAACUAUGAUCCCGACACUGGUCUCGUCCUUCUCACUGGCAAGGGUGACACACGAGUAUUUGUGUAUGAACUACUCCCUGAGGCCCCCUUCUUCCUGGAGUGCAACAGCUUCACCUCAUCUGACCCCCAUAAGGGCUUUGCCUUCUUGCCCAAGACGGAAUGUGAGGUGCAGCAGGUGGAAUUUGCCCGGGGCCUUCGACUCCGUCAGACUUCCCUAGAACCUGUUGCCUUCCGACUUCCCAGGGUCAGGAAAGAGUUCUUCCAGGAUGAUGUGUAUCCAGAGACUGCUGUUUGCUGGGAGCCUGCACUCAGUGCUGCUGCCUGGCUGGGGGGUGCCAAUGGACAGCACCGCCGCCUUAACCUCCAGCCUCCUGGAAUGACCCCAGUGAGUGAAGCCCCUCGGGAAGCUCCACGGCGGACCCUGCCCUCAGCUGUCUACCUUGAAGAGAAGUCAGACGAGCAAAAGAAAGAAGAGCUGCUAAGUGCCAUGGUGGCAAAGUUGGGUAACCGAGAGGACCCCCUCCCCCAAGAUUCCUUUGAGGGAGUGGACGAGGACGAAUGGGACUAGGCCACACUAUCAGCCACACCCACAGCUGCCUCUCCUCUGGAGCUGCCUGGCCACUGACCCCUUUGCCUGCUCUAAGCCUCGUUCUUGAGCUGGAAGAUGCCUCUUCAGGCUUUGGUGCUGCUGUUGACCUGUGGAGUGGCUCCAUAGCUCACACGACCCCAUCUCUUCAUCCCAGGAACCUCCAGACAUCUUUGUGAUCUUAGUGUUGUAUCCUGGUCCCAGCUUUCUCUGAGGCCUCAAAACCCUCUGGGCUAGGCUGCAGUGGGAACACUCCAAGUGGGGCCUUAAUUGACCAUAUCCUAUUUCUCUCCCCUGGGACCAGUUUUUCUUUUCUGCUACAUAUUGUGGUCAGAAGGGACAUUAGUUAGCACUGUCCUGGGCCUACUACCUGGCUGUCCCUAUUAGACGAGGUACCAUUUGCCCUGUAAUUAUAUAGAUUACUGCCUUGCUCUUGAGAGCCUUGCCUACUGCUUCCAAAAACAACAGUUCCCCCUCCAGCUACUCUGCUGUUCUUCCUACCUUAUGGAUUGAACCUUACCUCCCACUUUUCCCUUUCCAUAUUGCCUUUUCUUCCUCUAUAAUAGUCAGGAUCCUCAAAGGGGCUGGAUCCCCCUGCAAUCACCAAUCCUACUGGAUCCUUUCUUUCUUCAAACAUGAGACAGUAAGAAAAGGGUGAGAACCAGGGCCUAGAGAACUAAAAAAAAAAAAAAAAAGAAUGUGAGCCCCACUAGGGGCUUAUGAAUUUAUCAAUGCCUCAGCCAUUAAAUUUUUCUAAGCAAGACCACCACCUGCCUCCUGUACUGAUUGUACCUGCUACUCUGGGGAAACUUUGCUCCCAUUCAGCUUGUCAAGAUUGGCCUUACUCAUGAAACAACCUAAGUGAUGUUUGAGGAGCAAUAAAAUAGUGCCUAAAAUAGAAUAUGGAGCUUCUUAACCCAUAUCUGAGUUCUCUGCCAUAGCCUUCUGAAUCUCCAGGAAGGGAAAGGUACAUGCAAAGAACAAGAAUGGAGUCAGUAGAACCGAAAAAGACAGAGGAAUGCAUUUUUUUAAGCUUAUAGAUUUUAGGGAAGAGCCUUUGGAAGUAACAGUUCUAUAUACUGAUUUAAAAAAAAACUAUUGCAGGCUGACAGUUGGGAUGGAGAAGUGACACAAGAUGGACAGAGACCUUUGCUUACAUAAGGCCGCUUUCAACCAAACAUUUACAAAACAUCUAUUACUUAUGAAGCCAUGAACAAUACUUCUGGGGAGAUGCUGGUGUUCCUCUGAAAAUAGGAGAAAAAAAAACAAUGGGGCUAGCCAGCAAGCAGCAACUUUGCACAUGGAAAUCAAGAGUGAUGCUGGGAACUUGUUAUUCUCAGAAUCUCAAAACAUCGAAGACAGGAGAUCACAGAGGUUACUUAGUACAGCCAGUAUGUAAACAAAACCCUGCUCUAUAAAACAGGCAUCCAUCUAGCCUUUGCUUGAAGACCUCUGAGGAGAGGGGAUGCUCCAUAUUACUUUCCAAGGUAGCCCAUGCAAUUUCUGGACGGCUCUAAAUGUUAAGGAAUCUUCCCUACCUGAAGCUGAAAUGAACAUGUUUGCCCUUUUUUGGCCAUGCAAAACAAGUCUAAUCAGUCUUCCCACAUGACAGCUCGCAAAACACUUUACAGCUAGCUAUCAUGUUCUUCCUUCACACCCUCUCCAUCUUCUCAUGCUGAACAUCUUGAGUAUCUCUCACCAACUUCAGGAUGCCUUCCCUCUGAUCAAUACUCAUAUGAAUAUGGGAUCUCAUCAAUUUGGAAGUUCCCUCCAACACUGUAGAUCAAAACCUGUUCAUGCUUGCCCAUCCUCUGACUUGUCCACAUUUUCCCAUAAGUUUUCCAAGGGAAGUUCACUCAACCUGCUGGACAGUUUCCUUGACUUCUCCUGACAUCACAAAGGUACCAGCAGAACAUCUGGCUUCCUUUAGUCAUCCCUGGUUUUCACCAGAUGACUAGCCCAUCUUCCUGUCACACAGUUUAUU